ACGGGCUGUGGGCUGGCACGGGGACCCAGCUGGGGGCGCCGGCUGAUGGGAAGUGGGGCGCACUGGAGACUCUGGGGCACCGCGCGCUUGUGGGGCCCGGAGCGCCGCCUCCCUGCCCCCGCGCGGCCCGCCCCGCCUGGGCGAGGACCCAUCGGGAGAUGCUAGGGGCGCCGGGUGAUGGGAGGUGACUCCACAUCCUGAAGGAUGCGCCGCGGUCCCCAGAGGAGUGCUUCCUCCCGGCCAACUGAUGGAGGGGAGCGGUUCCCUCUCGGUUCCCUGCGGGGCUGGUGACCAGGAGAGCAGCGCUGGCCAGGCUGGAAGCAAGCCCACCUCCGCCUCCAGAGACGUUCACGCGGGGGUCAUCUUCUCCUCCUCAGCGAUUUUAGACUUGAGUCAAAGUGGUCUUCACCAUUUUGAGGAGAUCUUUAAAGUCCCCAACCUCAGACAAUUGCACCUUCAGCGAAAUGCCCUGUGCACGAUUCCUAAGGACUUCUUCCAGCUGCUCCCCAACCUCUUGUGGCUGGACCUGCGUUUCAACAGGAUCACCGCACUGCCCUCUGGGAUUGGCCGUCACAAGCAUUUGAAAACUUUGCUUUUAGAAAGAAAUCCCAUCAGAAUGUUACCCGUGGAGCUGGGGAGCGUGACCACCCUGAGGGCCCUGGGCCUGCGGCACUGCCCCCUGGAGUUCCCGCCGCAGCUCGUGGUGCAGAGGGGGCUGGUGGCCAUCCUGACCUUCCUGCAGAUCUGCGCGGCCGAGCACGCGGCGCCCCGAGACGGCUCCCCUCGAGUUAAAAAGAUGACCGUAAGGGAUCUGCCACAGCCCAUGUUGGACUUAUCCGAAGAGUGCAUGACGAACAAAGAAACCAUUGGUUCUCAGGAGCCAAAGGGAAGCAUGGUAACAGAAAAGGCAGACUCUUUCCCACCUGUUGAAACACUAGACCUGCUCAGGCCCGGGAGGUCCACCGAGACCCCAGAGAACUGGCCAAGCGAGGAGGAGAUCCGGCGGUUCUGGAAGCUGCGGCAGGAGAUCGUGGAGAAUGAGCAGGCGGGGGCGCUGGGGAACCAGCUCCUGCCGGUGGAGCUGCCCCCCAACCUCAGGGCCGCGCUGAGCUCCAAGGGGAAGCCGCUCCCCCACCCGAGGCCCCUCUUCAGGAUGAAGGUGCCCUCUUUCCAAGGCGUCCUGCCCGAGCUGGACUCCGCCCAGCAGGCCCUGGUCCGUGCCAGCCAGCUGGGGGAGAGCAGGGGCCUGGCCCUCCGGGAGCUGCGGGAGAGGCAGGCUCAGGAGCAGAGCCGGAGAGACAAGCCAGAGCUGCAGAAGUGGAGGGAGCGUGCCCAGAGGAGGAGAAGGCCAGAGGAGCCCGGGGGCCUGCCGGGCCCUCGCCUGCGGAGGGACCCGGUACGUGGCGGGUCGGGGAGGGCACGCCCGCGGAGGGGAGAGAGGCGCCCCCGCGGAGGGGAUGGGGCGCCCCCACGGAGGAACCCGCCGUGACCUCCCGCAGAAAACAGAGACCACCAGCUCGUCCACCCUGUCCGGGCCUCCGCCGGCCGCCCCCCCUGCAGCCGCGCUGCCCGGCCUCCCUGGAGCUCCCUGUGGGUGCUCAGACCCCUUCCCGGAAGAUCACCCCUCACUCCUCCUGCAGCUCAGGAGGGUCCUCCCGGAGCAGGCGUCUCUGCCCUGCACCCUCCUCCCGGAGCAGGCGUCUCUGCCCUGCACCCUCCUCUGGGGGUUGUGCCGUCCUGGGACCUCCCUCCCACCGGGCUCCUCAUUCCCAGGCCCAGUAAGAGGCUGGCUGUCCUCGCCCCCCCAUCCCUCCCACGGGCCAUCCCGAGGCCCGGUGGGUCCUCGCUUGCACCUGCCAAGCACCCCCAAGCGUCUCCGUUCUGGCGCCCAGGCCUCAUCACCUGCUCUGCUGGGGGCAGCCUUGUGUCUGCAGCCCCCACCCCUGUGUGUGAGACCCCAGUAAUGAAGGCACUCUGCCCCUGCCCAGGGCCCCAGGGCCUCCCUGCAGCACCCCAGGUGUGUCCUCAGAGCGGGGUGGGGCUCGUGGCCGUCCACCUUGACCUGCACAGGCUCCUGGCUCCAGGCAGCCGGUGGCCAGACUGUGCGGGUCGUGCUGGCCUAUUGUCCCUCUGGAGUCCCUUGGCCUCACCUGCUCCCUUCCAUAGGCACUCGGCCCGCCAGCAUGCUGAUCCGGCAGCAGACGGGCUCGCGAUGGCGGGCUCAGGGCCCCCAGGCUGGACUCUGGUCCACAGUCCAGGCCACGGACCACGAGCCCGGCAGCAGACCUCCUCCCCUCCCCCGGGGCCCCAGAGGCCCAUUUCCCCUCCACCUGCCCCCCGGCCCGCCGCAGCCUCUUCAUGCAGAUGAGGGCGCCCCCCCCCCCCCAACACAGAGCGGAUUGUCAAGGUGACCCCUAGAGACCAGGGCCCCACUGCGGGGCUGGAUUUAGGCCUCGUUGUGGCCGUCGGAUGGGGAGCCUCCAUGAGUCACGUGUGCCUGAGUGCCCGUGACAGACCACGUGCCGUCUGGACCGUGGUUAAGCGUGCGGCUCAGGGGCACUUAGCGCCGUCCCGGCACUCUACAAGCACCACCUCGCCCACCUGCAGGGCCUUCCUGGCUUCCCAGCCUGCGGCUCUGUCCCCGUGCAGCGCUGGCUCCCCAGCCCCUGACCCCCACCCUGUCUGUGUCUGACUCCUGGGACCCCCGUGAGUGAGGGCACCCUGUGUGUGCGCCGCGGCGGUCAUUUCACUGUCCAGCGCGUCCUCAAGGCUCGUCGGCAUCAUGGCCUGUGUUGAAAUCCCUUCCUCUUGGGGGCCGAGUGACGUUCCGCGUGUGGACAGGCACUUUGCUUCUCUGUCCAUCCAAGCACAGGCACUGAGUCACUCCCCCACGGGGCGGCCGUGGCCCAGGUCGCGGUAUUUGCGCGCUCAGGCAUGUGUUGCUGGGGCUCACUGCCUCUUUGCAUGCUUCCCUCCAGCUGGAAAUGACUUCCGUGAUGUCGUGCAAGAAGAAGCUUGUCCCAUUCUGUAUAUUUUGUAUAUCACGGAGAAAUACGGCAUCUCGUCACUCCGUUACUAGGGUUCAUAGCAUAGGAAUUGAAGAGUGUCUGUAAACCAGGAGUAGCACUUUGCCUUCUAAGUUAAAUGUAACAACUCUGAAACUAAAAAUAGGAAGCUAAAAGUGGAAGUAUUUUUCAUGGCCUAAAAUAACUAUAAUCAAAGUCAAACAUGGGGAGAUUAUUUGUGACUUAUAU